GCCCGGGGGGAGGCGGGGAGGCGCCAGGCACCGGGGCUCACGCCCAGCUGGAGCUCGUCCUCCUCGUCGCCAGCGAAGAGGAGCAGCGGUCGGAGGCCGGUCGGUGUCUGGGGGUGUUGGGGCCCGCAGGCGUCUCCGGCAAAGUGCUUGGCGCAUCCCGGGUCGUCAGUGAAUGGUAUUCUCCCCAGGAGCCGCCCCGGGGUUCCCCUUGGACCAAGCCCAAACCUGGAGACCACGAUGAGGUGUUUCCGGUCCUUGCGGACAGAGACGGUCCUGGCCGUGGUCCUCUGCACCUUCUCGCUCCUCUUCCUCCUCCUCAGUCUGCACACAGCACCGGCGCCGGCCCGGUGCCCCCGCGCGCUCCGGGAAGAGCCACCGGGCACCCGGGGGGCUGUGACCUGGCCCCCUCCGCCCUCCCGGCCCCCGCCCGCCCCCUGCCUGGCCAACGCCUCGAUGGCCCAGCUGCCGGACUUCGCGGAGCAGCCGCAGCACGUGCGCGACUUCCUGCUGCACAGACACUGCCGCGACUUCCCGCUGCUGCAGGACGCGCCGCUGAGCAAGUGCGCGCAGCCCGUCUUCCUGCUGCUGGUCAUCAAGUCCUCGCCCAGCAAUUACGAGCGCCGCGAGCUGGUGCGGCGCACGUGGGGCCGCGAGCGGAAGGUGCACGGCGUCCUGUUGCGGCGUCUCUUCCUGGUGGGCACAGCCCCGGAGCCGAAGGAGGCCCGCAAGGUCAACCAGCUGCUGGCGAUGGAGGCCAGGGUGCACGGGGACAUCCUGCAGUGGGACUUCCACGACUCCUUCUUCAACCUCACGCUCAAGCAGGUGCUCUUCCUACAGUGGCAGGAGACUCGGUGCACCAACGCCAGCUUCGUACUCAACGGGGACGAUGACGUCUUUGCGCACACGGACAACAUGGUCUCCUACCUGCAGGGCCACAACCCUGACCACCACCUCUUCGUGGGGCAACUCAUCCAGUACGUGGGCCCCAUCCGGGUCUCCUGGAGCAAGUACUACGUGCCCAAGAUAGUGACAGAGGAGGAGCACUACCCGCCCUACUGCGGAGGCGGCGGCUUCCUGCUGUCCCGCUUCACGGCGGCGGCCCUGCGCCGGGCGGCCCCCGCCCUAGACCUCUUCCCCAUCGAUGAUGUCUUCCUGGGCAUGUGCCUGAAGCACGAGGGCCUGAAGCCCGCCUCGCACAGUGGCAUCCGCACCGCCGGCAUCUGGGCCCCCUCGGCGCGCCUGUCCACCUUUGACCCCUGCUUCUACCGGGACCUGCUGCUGGUGCACCGCUUCUUGCCGUACGAGAUGUGGCUCAUGUGGGAGGCGCUGAGCCAGCCCAACCUCACCUGUGGCAAGCGCAGGCAGAUCUACUGAGGGGUGUCGGGGCCCUGGCCCCUGGGCUCCUGUCUCCACCCCGCAGGAGGGGGAAACAUUUUUUUUCCCAGAAGAGACCUUUGUCCUCCUAGGGCAUAGGGAAGUGCCAGGGAGGGUUUGAUGAAUGAAUAGUUUUGUUUGUUUGCUUUUUUUUUUUUUAAUACAUAUAAGCUU